GAAAGGCGAAAGAGAAGAUCGAAAUUGAAGAGAAAAUAACAACAAUAACAAAAAAAACAAAAAUGGCUUCAAGAAUCAUUGUACCUCAACAAGGAAGAGGCGAGGCCGGAGUUGGUGGCGCUGGGGCGGCAGUUCAGAAGCAGGCGAAUAAGAACGCGGCGGCCGGAGAUGGGAGGAACCGCCGUGCGUUGGGAGAUAUUGGGAACGUAGUGAAAGUCCGAGGAGGCGCGGUUGUUGAUGACAAAGCCCAGCAGCAGGUUCAUCGUCCACUCACAAGGUCUUUUUGCGCCCAAUUACUUGCCAAUGCCGAAGCCGCCGCCGCCGUCGAGAAGAAUAUGAAAAAUUUAUGUGUCAAUGCGGAAAAAGCUCCUGUUCUUGAAGGAGCCGCUGCCGUGCCUAAAAGAGGCCUUGCCGCUGUGCCGAAGGCUGUUCAGAAGAAACCAGCCGCUAAGCCGGUGCCGGCGCAUGCGGAAGUGAUCAAAAUCAGCCCGGAUGUGGUGGAAGUGAAGGAGAAAAAAGAGGAGAAGAAGAAAGACAAGGUUGUUAAUAUGAAGAACAAUAAGAAAGUCACUCAAAGUGAGGAAUCAUCCAAGAAAAAGCAGCAUACUUUCUCUUCGGCCCUUACCGCAAGAAGCAAGGCGGCUCAUGGAAUUGCAAACAAGCCAAAGGAGGAGAUUGUUCAUGAUAUUGAUGAAGCAGAUGCUAAUAACCACUUGGCUGGUGUGGAAUAUGUUGAGGAUAUCUACAAGUUCUAUAAAUCUGUUGAGAAUGAGAGCAGGCCAAGUGACUAUAUGCACUUGCAGACCGAUAUUAAUGAGAAGAUGAGGUCGAUUCUUGUUGAUUGGCUGAUCGAUGUUCAUCAAAAGUUCGAGCUUUCACCCGAAGCUCUCUAUCUUACCAUCAACUUGAUCGACCGGUUCCUAUCGGUGAAAGUUGUCCCGAGGAUCGAAUUACAACUGCUGGGCAUGAGUGCCAUGCUUAUUGCCACCAAGUAUGAAGAAAUAUGGCCCCCUGAGGUCAAUGAUCUGGUGUGCAUUGCUGACAGAGCUUACACUCAUGAACAAAUACUUUUGAUGGAGAAAACUAUAUUGGGAAGGCUCGAAUGGACUGUGACGGUGCCUACACACUAUGUCUUCCUAUCUCGGUUCAUCAAGGCAUCGAUCCCGGAUCCGAAAACGGAAAGCAUGGUGUAUUUCCUAGCCGAGUUGGGGAUAAUGCACUACGAGACCAUUAGAUUCUGCCCAUCGAUGGUGGCUGCCUCGGCGGUGUAUGCCGCUCGAUGCGCUCUGAACAAGACUCCGACUUGGACCGACACACUCAAGUUCCACACUGGUUACUCGGAGUCGCAGCUCGUGGAUUGUGCUAAGCUGCUGGCUUAUUUCCAUUCCAAGGCUGCUGAGGGCAGGCUUCAGGUUGUGUAUAAGAAGUACUCGAGUUUUCUACGAGGAGCGGUUGCAUUGGUUCCGCCAUCGAAGGAUCUAUUAUCUGCUGAGAGUAGGCUUCAGGUUGUUUAGUUACUUGGAAUUUGUUGUUUGGAAACUGAUUGCUGUGCUUCUCUCCCAGAGAAGCAUUGAUUUGAUGCCUUUAAGAAGAAAUAUUCAUUUGAAUAACAAUUCUGUUUGUUGAUGAAUGAAACAACAUGAACCAUUGUCCCUAUAAGCCAUUUUAUGCCAU